AGAGUGUGUGUCGUUUGGACAUUUUCAACAAACAAUGAUAGUAACGUAGCUCAUAGGACUGACAUAUCAGUAUCUCAGCUCUAUGGUGCAACCUGUUUAGGAAAUGGAUCCCGAAUAUUUCAUUGAUUAUGAAAAAUAUUGCGAGGAGAGAACCAAAAUCAAUACAACUAUCGUUCUAAGUUCAUGUCAGAACCACAAACACGAUCAAUGGAUCGGAUCGGAAAAAUAUUCUGCGAAUUGACUCGCUAACAAAAACUUCGAUUUUUGACAAGUAGUUUUUCUGAAUUCUCAAUGGCCAAAAGUAAAAUGUUUAUUUCUUGUCCGAAACUCAAUGUUAGGUGCAAAAAGGUUUAUUUAUAAAAUGAGUUCAGCUUUCAAAGAUUCAUAAAAUAAAAAAUUUCCAUUAUUCAAGGGUUUUAACGGAGAUAUAUUGCCAACAUUGCUCACAUUAUGUAUAAAGGAACGUGGCGAUCUUGGCGUAAUCGGAAAAUCACCAAGUAAACCUGAGGACUUUAAAACUAAACAAGUACCACUUAAUUUAAUAAGAUAUUGACGAGGAUGAUUUCGACCAAUAUUCCAUCAUUAUUCAAUAUGUGUGCCACAUCUAUUGUAUACAGAUUGUGGACCCAUCAGGAUAUUUAUGAAAAUUGGCAUGAAGAAGAUCAUUGGCAGCAGCUAGAAAAGAAAGUAGAACAAGAUGUAAAAGAAUUUAUUGAACCUCUACCAGAAUUAAUACAAUCUCUCGUGUUGCCACUUGUAAAGCCUGCUGGCAGGCAUUACUUUAGUUUCCUCAGCAUUUGGUUUAAAAAGAUCGGAGCAAAUGAAAAAUGGUUGAAAAAAGGCAUGCUCUCUUCUUGUCUUACAUUAUACCCUGUCGGAAUAAUAAAUCAGCGCAAAACUGCCAGGAAGUUCCUCGGAAGUCAAUCGCUUCAUAAGGUUAUUGCAUUUAGACUAGCCUGUAUAAACUUCCUGGAAGUAGAAGUUUUAAGACUAUGGCCCUCUGUUUUGCAAUAUUUCUUGAAUAGGAUCGUGUUUCAGUACUUCAAAAUGGAAUCUUCUGAUAAUGUGCUUUAUUUUCCAUCAGACUCUUAUUCUGGAUUCAUAUCUGAACCCAGCGAAGUAUUUUUUUGGAUUGGUUACUGUUUAUCGAUAGAAAAGAGAGUGCAACUGCAUGAAGUGCCACAUUUUUCACAAUAUCCUAACAAUAUCUGGUACAAAAAUGCUUUAUGUCGGGCUAGUGCUUCUGGCUGUAUUCCAUUCUUCGAAUACGAAUCGAAUUGUUCUAGUUCGGGUGUGUUUUUCAGUCAUGAAGAUGAAAUUAAAAAUCUUUUUAUCGACUCGAAAAAUUAUUUAGUAUCUCUUUUCUACCACUUUUCUUCAAUGGGCGCCGAAAGAAAGACGAAUCUAUUUCGAGAAUUUCCUAGAAAUGUUUUAUCCUAUUUUCUUCAGUGGCCUUUGUCGUUGCUUCUCUUGGAGAAUACUGACAAAAUAUGUUAUUUAUUAGAUCAGCUAGAUCUGCUGGAUUUUUUAUUUGCAAAAAUUUUGGAAAUUUUCUAUUUUGAGGAAUAUAAACACCUCUAUCUUCAUCCGAAGGCUGAAAUUUCUGAUGUUUAUGUGACCACUCAUCUCCAACAGAUCUGGAUUUCUUUCUGGAGGAUCUGCCCUCGUGAAGUAAAAUUACGCAUUAUAAAUUCGUUUGCUUUCAGGGAUGUUGCUUUGAAUUGGUUUCUUGAACGUUCAUCUUAUCAAAUGAAUUACGAUUUAUCAACUUUUAAAAAGGAUUUAAUACAUCUAUUUUCCUCAAAUGGAGAAGCUUUUUUAAAUUUCUUAACAGAAAAACAAUUAACAAAAGCCCUAGAAGAUGUAGUUACAAAAUUUAUGACAGAAAAAAAGUUGGAUUUUCGAUUGUUGCAAAUACCCGAAUUUGAUUAUGAACCAGAAUUCGAAUGGUUUGAGUUUAUUAAUGAAUAUUCUCGUAGAUGCAUACACUUCAUCAUGGAGCGCUACUUACCUUCAUCCACACAACCAAAUUGCCAAAUAUACGUCCGUUCGAAGAUGAGAUUGUUUGAUUUUUCAGCGCUACGCGAGAGUAAUAGCGCUACGCGAGAAUUUAUUGAUUACAUUCAGGAAUUUUUGAUAUCAAAUAAUUUGAAUGAUUUCAACUUUUAAAUUUUAUAUGCAUUAUACUUAUAUAUGCAAUUUAUAAAUAAAGGACUAUUUUUGUUCUUUCUUCCACCUCUCUGUUUUAAC